CAGAAGCCGAGACCAAUUUUGAGGGCAUUGAGAGCAAGUUUUCCUUACGGGUGCCUGCAGAGCCAGAUGAGGAUGCCUGCUACCUGGUUCCUGGGCAGGUGGACAGCCUGGCAGAGUGCAACUUCAACCGUACCAGUAAAACCUUUGUGAUCAUCCAUGGGUGGACGGUGACAGGAAUGUAUGAAAGUUGGGUCCCGAAGCUGGUGGAUGCUCUGUACAAGAGGGAACCUGAUUCAAAUGUCAUCGUGGUGGACUGGCUAAUUCGAGCUCAGCAGCACUACCCAGUGUCAGCUGCAUACACUAAGCUGGUGGGAAAGGAUGUUGCUAUGUUUAUUGACUGGAUGGAGGAGCAAUUCAAUUAUCCUCUCAACAAUGUCCACUUGCUGGGGUACAGUCUAGGUGCUCAUGCUGCUGGGGUUGCUGGGAGCCUGACCAAGAAGAAGGUCAACAGAAUUACUGGGCUGGAUCCAGCUGGUCCUACCUUUGAGUAUGCCGAUGCCCUCACCCGCCUCUCCCCGGAUGAUGCUGACUUUGUGGAUGUCCUACAUACCUACACUCGAGGCUCUCCAGACCGCAGCAUUGGGAUCCAGAAGCCUGUCGGACACAUUGAUAUUUAUCCUAAUGGUGGAGGUUUUCAGCCAGGUUGCAACUUGGGAGAAGCACUCCGUCUGAUUGCUGAAAAAGGCUUUGCAGAUGUGGAUCAGCUGGUGAAAUGCUCUCAUGAACGAUCCAUCCAUCUCUUCAUUGACUCUCUUCUCUACGAAGAGAAGCCCAGCAUGGCCUACCGCUGCAACACAAAGGAGGCCUUUGAGAAGGGUCUCUGCCUGAGCUGCCGGAAGAACCGCUGCAACAAUUUGGGUUACAAGGUCAACAGAGUGAGAACGAAGAGAAACACCAAAAUGUACUUGAAGACCCGUGCUCAGAUGCCCUACAAGGUCUUUCAUUAUCAGGUCAAGAUUCAUUUCUUUGGAAAGACUAAUACAACCAAGACAAACCAGCCGUUCCUGAUCUCUCUUUAUGGCACUCUGGAUGAGAGUGAGAACAUAGCUUUCACGCUGCCUGAAGUCUCUUCAAACAAGACAUUCUCCUUCCUGAUUUACACAGAAGUGGACAUUGGUGACCUACUUAUGCUGAAGCUGCAGUGGGAGAAAGACAGCUUCUUCAGUUGGUCAGACUGGUGGACUCCUUUUACAUUCAACAUCCAGAGAGUCAGAGUGAAGUCAGGAGAAACUCAGAAAAAGGUGGUGUUCUGUUCUCGAGAUGGCAUCUCACAUCUCACCAAGGGAGAAGAGGCAGCAAUAUUUGUAAAAUGCUUGGAGCAGCCUGUCAACAAGAAGAGAGGAGGUGCCAAGAAAGCCUCUAAUGAAAAUUCUGCUCAUGAAUCUGCUUAAGUGACAGGAAUGAAGAUUUUUCUACACUUGGGAGCAGGAGAGUCUGGUCAUACCCAUGGACUGGAUGUUCAGAACCAAAUAUAUAGAAAUAUUUAUCUGCUGCUGACUUUUUGCCUGCUAUUCCUAGCUAUCUUAGGAGACUUCUUGUAGGGAAGUCUCAGCAUAUGAAGUUACUAACCAUAAAGAUACAUUAUCCAAAUAGUUAUAAACAAAAAGAAAAUUACAAAACAACUUGCCAAAGGCUUGAGUGCUGGAAAGAAAUAAGUAUUUUUGCUUAAUCAUGGUGCCUUGUGACAAGGUGUCUCGAUGUCAGAUUCUCUAUAGCAGUUUUCUAGUAUUUAUUGAAAAGAAGCAAAGCCAUGUACCUGGCUUUUCUUUCACUUUCAGGAGUCUUCUGAAAUGGGACAGGGUUUUUUUUCUGGCUUGGCUAACUGAAUUUUGAGACAUUUCAGUGGCUAGAGUUCAUUGUCUUCAAGUGUGUUUUUAGCAAAUAAGUAGGCUUCUCAUGUGGAAAACCCCCUUUGCUGUGUGUGUUACUGAAAGAUGUCAGGGACUGACUUAAUAUGGGGAUGAAUUUUCUAGUUUGUGGUUAUGAAUGUGUUUACUGUGGGUAGAUGCCAGUUCUGCUUAGCAUAGAUAUGAUCUGUUAAGCUAUACUUCAAUGCAAUGUACCCUGGAA